UGGGCUGAGGACGCACCAGCGCAGGUACCCUCCGCAGUCCGUAACGCACAUCAACAAAUAAUCUUCCGCAAAAAAAAAAAAAAAAAAUUAAAAAGAAAAGAAGAAAACCAGAGGAGAAAAACAACGAAAGACCACUGUCAUUUCUAAAUGCACAUCCUCGAAUGUGGACGGGAGGCGAGCGAGAAAAGUGCGCGUACAACCCAGAAUCUGUGCAACUCUGAUUGCACGAGCGCAAGAGGGAGGUCGCUCUUGACGGAGGUAAUGCACUGUAAAUGGCUCUUCAAGCAAGACACAGAAGUCCUUAUAGCAGUUCCAUGUCUGGCAUUCAGCUUGUCUUUACCUGCUCUGCAAUUUGAGGACACUGGCACCCUGCAGAGCACCAGUCUUAAGAGAAACUGAAUCUGGAUCCUGCCUACACCUCACAUAAUAACUGGAGAGGAAUUUAGCUUCAAAUGUUCAGCAUCAAAGACACUGAGCCUUUGAUUUUGCAGUCUGAUCUUUUAAGCAUAUGAAACAAAACUUGGAACAGAUUGUAUGUCUUUCCGACUGCAUUUCCUACCUUGGACAGCAUGGAUGCUCUCUUCGAAUCAGGUUGACUUUCUCUCACCUCAUCCCCUCCUUCCUUUCUCCUCAGUAGAAGGAAGGUGGGGGAUUGGUGUGGCGUCCCCUGCCCCUCCUUGUAGAAUACGCUAGUCUAACAAAGCACCAUAGCAGUAUCUUUUCCAUUUCCUUGUGGCCCUACCAACUCCAUCCCUCCAUUCCCUUUCCCUCUCCAUGAAAUCCUGCCAGAGCCUCAAGGAAGAGGUUUCCGUCCCUAGCCUUGGCGGGAUGUCACAGGAGGAAGGACGCAGGGCGCCAGUGUCCCAGUCCUAUUUUCACUCCCCUAACCCAGAUCUGGACCUGACAGGCAAACUUUACAAGAGGGAGGUUGGUGGCAAGCCUUAUUCUGUGUUAGUGGACAAUAAAAUGGCAGCCAAAACAUCCAUGGGAGAUCAGAACAUUGGUCAGUUGCCCACACAACAUGUGACUCCACAGCAACAUCAGCAGUAUUUCAGAGAGGGUGGAGCAGGACAGGAGGUGGGGACACAGGGGUCGCAGGCUGGCAACAACGGCACCUCUGACGACACUGAAGACGAUGACGACGAUGAGGAAGAAGAGGGUGAGGAUGAGGAUGGGGAAGAGGAGGGCUUCAAGCGUGAGCAGAUCAUUGUUGAAGUUAACCUGAACAACCAGACUCUUCAUGUGUCCAAGGGUGACAACAAAACUGGAACCACAGCAGAUGACUCUGAGAGAGCUGGCAGUGACGAUGAUGACGACGACGAUGAGGAGGAAGAGGAGGAGGAGGAGGAGGAGGAGGACAGCCCUGAUGAAGAGGAGGAAGAUGACGAGGAAGAUGAGAUUGAAAGCCGAAGAACGAGGUCAAAGAGAGCCCGUCGGGGGGCAAGUAGCACAGCAGCUCCCAGCCAGCCGCGGAGGAAAAGCCUCAGGACAGCUCUGAGCACUGCCACUGCUGGGAUGACCACCAGGGGGCGACGGAAGCGCAUGGAGCCUCCAAAGAACAUGCGAAGAUCAGCUAGGUCAGCCCCAUCGUCCGCAAGUUCAACGACCACGACGACAGGGGGGAAAGCAGAGGUGGAGGAGAAGGAGAUGCUGGCUUGUGAAAAGUGCCCUCGAGUUUUCAACACACGCUGGUACCUGGAGAAGCACAUGAAUGUCACUCACAGGCGAAUGCAGAUUUGUGACAAGUGUGGCAAAAAGUUUGUCCUGGAGAGUGAGCUGGCCUUACACCAGCAGACUGACUGUGAGAAGAACAUCCAGUGUGUCUCCUGCAACAAGUCUUUUAAGAAGCUGUGGUCACUGCAUGAGCACAUCAAGAUUGUGCACGGCUAUGCAGAGAAGAAGUUCUCAUGUGAAAUCUGUGAGAAGAAGUUCUACACUAUGGCUCACGUCCGUAAACACAUGGUUGCUCACACUAAGGACAUGCCAUUCACAUGUGAGACAUGUGGGAAGUCAUUUAAACGCAGCAUGUCUUUAAAAGUUCACUCACUCCAGCAUUCUGGAGAGAAACCCUUCCGUUGUGAGAACUGUGACGAGCGGUUCCAGUACAAGUACCAGCUGCGCUCCCACAUGAGCAUUCACAUUGGACACAAGCAGUUCAUGUGCCAGUGGUGUGGCAAAGACUUCAACAUGAAACAGUAUUUUGAUGAGCAUAUGAAAACACACACAGGAGAGAAGCCUUUCAUUUGUGAGAUCUGUGGAAAGAGCUUCACCAGCCGGCCCAACAUGAAGCGCCACCGCCGCACCCACACAGGAGAGAAGCCCUAUCCCUGCGAGGUGUGCGGCCAGCGCUUCCGCUUCUCCAACAUGCUCAAAGCACACAAAGAAAAGUGUUUCCGGGUCACCAGCCCUGUGGUUCUGCAGACCAGCGGCCCACCUGUGCCUGUCCGCAUCUUUGCCAACACUUUCUCCUCCUCUUCCUCCACCUCUGGCCCCGGCCCCUCAGCUUCCACCCCCGCCACCACCUCAGCCUCCCUGGGCCUCAGCCCAACAGGAGGGCCCAUGCCUCCACGAGGCCCUGUGGGACACACAUUCUCCCAUGUGCAGCUCCACUCCACCCCUUCUCACCACCAUCCCCACGCCCCGACAACCCAACAACACCUCUCAAACACACCCCAACAUACUCCUCCUCACCCCCACCACCACCUGGCCGUGCCCCCAGUCUCCCACCUGCCCCCACCCCCCGCCCUUUUCAAGAGUGAGCCCCUAAACCACUGUGGGCAUGAAGACAGCAGCUACCUGCACCAUAUGGCUCCCCCUGACAAGGGUCCUGGAGCCCCACAGCACCACUGAACUGUGCUCCAGCACUGCAGGCCCACACCAAACCGCGCCUUGUUCCUCUUCUCCUCAUAGUCCUGCCUCAGUCUCACAGUUGCAAGACUCCUAAUACGAGGGUACUCAAGUCAAGCUAAACAUACACACCUGUGUAUGUGUGAAAGAUUCAGACCUAUACACCCUCAUUCACAAAUUAUUUAAGUAAGACUGCUACUUUAAAACCCUGGUCAACUGACAAAGAUUUUACAACCUCUAGAAUUUUUUUUUUUUCUUGAACAUUUUCUACAGAAAUCUACAUGAAACGAUUUCUGUGCGAGUUCUUUAUCUGUACAUUGAUGUGUGUAAAUUAUCUCAUUUUCAUCAAAAGCUGCUGAUGGAAGUCAACGUAUUACCUGGGCUUCAUGGAUCAUCAAAGAUCAGUGUCAUUGACUUUCCUCUUUAAUGUCAAGUUGACUUAUGGUUGCACGUUGGUCCGGAGUUUUGCUUUCUGUGCAGGUCCUCCCCAAAGCAAUACUCAAACUGUCCUCCGAGUUGUACUGCAGAGCCUCAGGCCCCACAGAAAUGUUUAAUGAAUGUUGUACCUGAGUCUUUCUCUGUCCUCAGGCCAAGGCUGAGGCUUUCUGUCAGAGGGGCAACAGCAGUAGUGCAAGAUGCAGUGCCAUAGGUUACAGUAAGGGGAGGGGGGAGCGAAGGGGAUUUUUUUGUAAGGACAUGGGAGAUUGAAGAUUGGAUUUUUUGUAAAUGAUUUGUUGAAUCAAGACAUAGUCUGAGAUUCAUAUCAUGGUUAAAUGGUGCUUUCCAUUCCAGUACAUACAAUAUUUCUUAAUUUUGCUUUUCCAUUUGAUUUUCAGAAGUGUAAUAUUACAAAUUAACAAUGUAUUGUCAUAUAGAACACGUCUUGCCAGCCUGGCUUUUCUACAAUGGAUUUGAGGUUUGACUAGAUAUUUUGUGAACAAGAAACUCAAGUUAUGCAGGACAUGCCCUAGGCACACGCAGCCUCACACUUACUCAAGCACAUGCAAGAGACAAAGACCAUAUGGUCACUGAUUUACUUACUAUGAUCAGUGCAACCUCAGCUUUCAGUACUGUUGGUCAACAGAUGCUUUUAGAUAACAGAUGACUGUCAAAUACUGCCACUGUGAGGGGCCAGACACGUGGCCCCAUCAGGAUUUACCCCACCUCCCUUCGCUGCUGUCGAAAUGAUACGGGUUACCAUGUUAAAGGUCAUUUGACACACACAUACAUACACACACACAAACACAGUAUACACACCUGGGACCUUUUUUCAUCACAGGUCUUAAGAGACAAUUAUGCAUAUUCCUCUCAGCCUAUAUUCCACGGUUUGGUGUGGGGCGUUGUAAUGUAAAGGUUUGUUUUUGACUUUCAUCAUAUGGACAUACGUUGAUCCACACAGGCAAACGUGUCUAAACCUGUUGAAUGUUGCCUACGCAGAAUGAUGGCUGAUGAGUCAUUCAUAUGUUUUUUUGUUUUUGUUUUGUUUUUUUUGUUUGUUUUUUAAUUUUAUUUUAUUUUUUUUAAUGUUCUCUGAUCAUUUGCUCAGUUUUAAGCUAAUGAAUGGUUCUGUAGUGUAGAUAUACUGUUGUUAGCACACGAUAGGAAAUGUCAGGAUAAACGGCAGUGGUCAUACAAUUCAGAAUUCUUGUAUAGAUAAGCAUACAUGUGAUCAAAUCAGCGUAAGAAAUUACAUUUGUUAAUGUAAUAGCCAAUGGUGUGAAUGUUAUUUCUUGAAAAGAAGCAGAAAUGGUUGGCAAGUAUUUGGCAUGAAUUCGGGUCGCUUGGUUGAUACCCGCUCACCCAGUCUGACGGUGUGUCCAACGUUGAGCUUUGAGUGUGAGUGCGCGCAAGUGCGUAUGUGUGCAUGCAUUGGUCUCCACCAGUCUGUCUUGCUGUUUGUCCCCAGUGCUCUUGUACCAAAUGCUGCUUUUACACAGGGAGCCCCAAUACAUAUGUGUAUUUGGGGAUUCCCGAGAUAGACAAUAGCAGUAAAUUUAACAUCUUUCUACCACUCUAACUGUAUUCAGUCUGAAGUGGUUAAGCUCAGUAGUUUAGGAUGUCCCUUUUUUGAUUUGAGACCUGCAAUUAUCCUGCCAUUUCUGUGGGUCUUAAUACCGCUGCAUUAUUUGCUUAUCAUGCUGUCCCCUCGGUUUCACUGCUGUGCUUCAGCAUUUUGCAGUGUAGAUCUUUGUCUUGUUUUUUUUUUUUUUUUUUUUGUGUUUUUUUUAAAGCCUUUUCAUUUGUGUAUAUUCUCUGCACUUUACUGCUGCGUGGGUGAGGCACAGGGAAGAGAGGGACUGACGAUGCAUUGUGGAACAGAGUGCAGUUGUGGCUGCAUGGGAAAGGCUGGAUGUGAUUACUUUGAGUGGAUGUUUUAAGGCAAGGAAAGGAGGAGAAUCCCGGGUGGAGGUGGUUGGUGUGAAAGGGACCAUAGCAAACGAAGGACAUUUCUUUUAGUAUGUGCUUAAAUUUAAUUUCUUAUUUUUUAUAAGAAAUACUCUUUUGCUCCAAUAUGGACCUCCCCUCAGAAAAAGCGAUGUCCCUCCUGCUCUGGCAACUUCACACUGGCCCCUCCAAGCUAUGUCUGGAAUACAUUCUUCUGUUACGUUUGUUCGUGGAGUCUUUCUCUCUGUCAUGUCCUGCUAUGUCUCAGUUUGCCGAAUGAUUCUCCUCCUCCUUUCUUUGUUAUAGAGAAUGCACUUUCUACUAAAAUUCUUGGCUAGUUAAGAAAAAAUAACAUUGUAUAUUCUUUAAAGAUGUUUUAAAAAAAAUCAAUAUACUUUUUCCCCUUUGUAUUUUUAACCACUUUAAUGUAGCAUUGCGUAUUUUAUUAUUGUAUCUGGUACAAAAUGUGCAGCUUUAUAAUGUCCUGGUUUGUCUUUUUUUGUAUGUUAUCUGGAGCUUGAGGAGAAGUGAAAAAGUUGGGCCUUUUUUGAUAAUGUUCAUUUAACUGACUGCUAACUUUGAGAAGUAAAAACA